GCCCCUACCUGGGGCUGGGCGGUGCCGGGCCUUUCUCCGCGGGCCCCGUCCCUCCUCCGGCAUCAGAGGGACCCAUGGCUGCGGUGGCCCUGCCGGGACGACAGUGGGGAGAAUCCCGCGCGUUAGGCCGGGCGGUGAGGCUGCUGCAGCGCCUGGAAGAGCGAUGCGGGGACCCCCGGCUCUCCUCGAGUCCCCCCUCCCUUCGGGACCUGCUGCCCCGCACCGCGCAGCUGCUGCACCAGGUGGCGCAAGCCCGGCAGGACGCCAGCGGAGGCGUCCCCGAGGGUCCCAGGGGCGCGUGGGACUUUCUGGCGGUCUAUCUGGCUAACCUGGAGGCCAAGAGCAGGCAGGUGGCGGCGCUGCUGCCACCCCCGGGCCGAAAGAUUGCCAACGACGAACUCUUCCGGGAGGGCUCCAGACUCAGGCGGCAGCUGGCCAAGCUGGCCCUCAUCUUCAGCUACAUGCACGCGGAGCUGGCCGCGCUCUUCCCCGGCGGCAGGUACUGCGGCCACAAGUACCAGCUCACCGAGGUCUCCGCCCACACUUUCUGGAGGGAGCGCUGCGGAGCCCGAUGUGUGCUGCCCUGGGCUGAGUUUGAGGCGGUCUUAAGCAUCUGCCACCCUGUGGAGCCAGGCUCCACGGCCCUGGCCUUGCGCUCCACCAUCGACUUCACCUGCAGUGGCCACGUGUCCAUCUUCGAGUUUGACAUCUUCACCAGGCUCUUCCAGCCGUGGCCAACACUCCUCAAGAACUGGCAGCUCCUGGCGGUCAACCACCCGGGUUACAUGGCCUUCCUCACAUACGACGAGGUCCGAGCCCGUCUGCAGACUUUCAGAGACAAGCCAGGCAGCUACAUCUUCCGGCCCAGCUGCACUCGCCUGGGGAAGUGGGCCAUCGGAUACGUGAGCUCAGACGGCAGCAUCUUGCAGACCAUCCCUCUCAACAAACCCCUGUUCCAGGUGCUCCUGGAAGGACAGAAGGAAGGCUUCUACCUCUACCCAGAUGGGAAGACCCACAACCCGGACCUGACCAAACUCUGCCACAUGGAACCGCAUCAGCACAUCCACGUGUCGGAGGAGCAGCUGCAGCUGUACUGGGCCAUGGACUCCACGUUUGAGCUCUGCAAGAUCUGUGCCGAGAGCAACAAGGACGUGAAGAUAGAGCCCUGCGGGCACCUGCUCUGUAGCCGCUGCCUGGCUGCCUGGCUGUGCUCAGACAGCCAGACCUGCCCCUUCUGCCGCUGCGAGAUCAAGGGCCAAGAGGCUGUGAGUAUCCAUCAGUUCCAAGUCAGCACCGCGGUGGAGGAUCCAGAGCACAGCAGUGACGAGGAGGAGCUGGGGCAGAUGGCCGCUUCAGGUCCUCCCCUGCCCCCUCGGCUGGAUCUGCACCCCAAGAGCCCCAGCAGCAAAGGCCAGCUGGAGGUGGCACCUCCAACCCUUCCCAGACUUCGAGCUCCUUUUUCCUUGCCAAGAUUCUGGACUGAGGCUUCAGCCCCGUGGGAAGUCACCUCCAGCCCCCAGGCCAGGGAGGGAGCCCGAGGAAACUCCUAAAGCGGAGGUCUCCCCUUCCAUCUGCUCCUGAGGGAUCCGUGAAGGCCUGGAUGCCAGGGCACCAAGAUGUGCUGCGUGAAGGGAGCCCCAGGGGCUGGAAGGGGUUUACGAUGCAAAAUAAACUGCCGAGCCCAGUCUG